AGCUCACGCCGUCGUAAUGGCAAGCCCGCAAGCUGCGAGCCGUGUCGACGAGACAAGGUCCGCUGUGACCACAAGCUUCCUGUCUGCACUCGCUGUAAACAGCGUCGAAUUGCUAAUACAUGCUUCUACCACCCGGCGCCUUUGACCCGUGCCAGGCCUCCCUUGCCGUCCCCUCUGACCGAUAGCAGUCCGGGGCCAUCCCGGUUUGUCGAAACAUCGCCUGGCGAUGUCGAGCUGCAGCCGUUUCAAAGCCCGGAAACAUCUUUCUCAUUGCGAAUGGGCUACCUCGGUCCUACCAGCGUCGUGGCAGAGUUCCUCUCUGUCAACGAGUCUGCCGGUGAACUGGGCGAUGACUCGUCUGCUAGAGUGGAAAGCUCGAGGCAUUUACCACCGUACUGGUUCAAGAAAGUAUUGAACGUCCUUGCACUUUUGGAAGAUUUUUCAAUUUUAGAGGUAUUGGCUCGGGAACUUAAUGAUAUGAGCCAGGCCGCAAUGAUUCCCAGUCCGUUUGUGGGCAAUGCUUUCAAACCGAUUCGGAAACUUGCCGAUGAGUAUCUCCUAAAAAGACGAUCAGACAUCCAACUCCAGCGCUUGGCUUCAAAGAUUGUUGAGAAUACUGCUAGGUCAUUCCACAUUCCUUCGUCAACAGAAGGCUGUGACUUUCAUCGAUUGUAUACUGGCGACAAUACCCGUCUGGAAAUCUUAGGUAUCAUAUUCUCUCUAGCCGGCCGGAGCACCUAUUUCGGACUGGGGUCCGGCUUAUUCCUGAACCAUGACGAGCCUCGCAGUCGGGCACAGUUUGCCCAGAAGAUGUUCCUGGCCAGCGAUAUAACAUUGCAAUUGUGUAAAAUGCUCACCCCUAAUAAUGAUCUGCUUGUUUGGCUGCUAUAUGAAAAUAUGCUGUUAUCAAGCAUGAUCCAUGGUGAUUCAAGCGAGGUUAAAUGGCACCGACUGGGAGACCUAUCCACGAACAUCUUUACGCUUGGCGCCCACAGAGAGGUCAAGCCGUCGUCAGGCCUCCCGAGAUUCAUCAUCGAGACCCGAAAACGCCUCUUUGCCUCUUCGUACCGAUUAGAUAAAAAUAUUGCGACCUCUUUGGACCGGCCACCGAGAUUGUCCUUUAGACAUUCGGAUUGUGGGCUCCCCUUGGCUAUUAGUGAUGAUGUAUAUGGUGCCUCGAGCGCGGCCUUUGACCAGGCAUGCGAGAACGUUGACCAAGAUGGUUGGAGUUUAAAGCCUGUAUAUCAGACUUCUGAUUGGAUACGAGCACGGUAUAUCAACUCUACAUUCCGGGAAGAAAUCCUUGAGAUGGCUGUCCGAACCCCAAGCCCAGAGGCUGCGGCUCAAUUGAAUGACAUUUCACGCCGGUGCAAGGAAAAAUGGGAAUCCUACCCUGCCCAUCUCCGCAUGGUCCCUCAUAUCUGGAACGAUGACGCCCCGGUGGCGGUGUCCCUAAUGCUCGUCACCGCAUAUCUCGCGUACCUGGACAACGACCUCAUCAUCCAGAAGCUUCUAGUCGGGAAAUACCAAGCCCCGAAUAUUGAACUGCUUUCUGUCAGCUCUGAAAUUCUCUCUACCGUGCUUUUCCUGGGCACACAGCGCGAACAUAUGCGUCAUAUACAUAGGGACUUGGUAUGGGUUAUUAUAUUGUACGGCUUUCCCGCCGUCAGCGUCCUGACCAGAGCCCUCCAAUCCGAAGCCCGCCACGGCACAAAAUUCGAAUACUUGGGCUCUCGCGCCGAACUCAUUCGCAAUCUAAGCGUGUUCAUCUCCCACAUCGAAUCGAUGGAACGUCCUGGAAACGGGAAUUAUGUUUUAUUCAGCCGCGCGUCCAAAAUGUUUUCGAGCAUGAUUGACGAGAUUCUCGAAGCACGGCUGAGGGUGGAUCAGGAUGAUAAGCCGCCGAAUAAGACAAAUAAUAAUAAUAAUAAUAUGGAAACGCCGGUUGUCAAUUCGGUGUUUGAUGAGAAUGAGAAUUUUAUGAAUUUUAUGGGGAAUGAGAGUUUGUUGGAGUCGGUGGAUUUUAGGAUGAUGUUUGAUCAGUGGUUGGUUUGA